AUGCGUGACUACCGACUCGAUCGUCAAAUCGAAGUACUCGACGAGGGCGAGGCCAGUGACCCUAGUGAUCUCGACAUUGUCAAACAUACUGCCAAACAAGUCAAUCUACUCGACACCUUCCAGAACUCGGAUGCAACAGACAGUGAUAUCCUGAACUCAGACGACUCUAAGCACGCUGCCAGGAAGCGUCCGAGAGACGAUGAUGGUGAUCGUAUUGCCUUUGAUGACGAAGAAGAUGGCACAGAGGUUUUCAAAAAGUUCAAGUCCCGAAAGUCUGAUCAACGCAAGGCUGCCGCUGCUCGCACUAGGAAGACCAAAGCAAAGGCCAAUUCUAUGGUCGGCAAGAAGAAGAACCCUCUCCUCGACUCAAACAAACCCAACCAACGCAAGCUGAAGAAUGAUAUCUACAGCACCGACUCGGAGGAUGAGCCACCUGAAACCAUUCUACCUGAGUUUUUGCGAGCGAGAAAGUCCAAAUGGAACCAAGAUCGUGCCAAACACGGCGAAGCUGUCCUUUCUGUUCCUCCGGACUUUGAUGGAGUCGACUUCAGUGACGAUGAGAGACUUGAAGAGCUGCAGGAACGUCCCGUGCUUGGCGAUGCUGAGCCCUCCCAAGAGUACAAGGAUAUCGAAUUGACCAAGUCCGAAGGAAUCAUCCCGGCACCCAUCGCUCAAUGGCUACGUGACUACCAAAUCGACGGUGUCAGAUUCCUGCACGAGCUCUUCGUCUUCCAAGAGGGUGGUAUCCUCGGUGAUGAUAUGGGCCUGGGCAAGACCAUUCAGGUCAUUGCAUUCUUAACGGCCGCUUUUGGCAAGACCGGAGAUGAGCGAGACCUCAAGCGUAUGCGCAAGAUGCGCCGUGCCCGUCACUGGUAUCCGAAAAUCCUUCUCAUCUGUCCUGGAUCUCUGAUGGACAACUGGAAGGCCGAAUUCAAUCGUUGGGGCUUUUGGCAUCAUGACACCUACCAUGGAAGCAAUGCAAGUCGUUCUUCUGUUCUCUCUGCAGCCAAGCAAGGCAUGCUUGAGGUCAUGAUCACCACAUAUGUCACGUAUCGCAACCAUCGAGGCGAGAUCAACAUGAUUGAGUGGGACUGUGUUAUUGCAGACGAGUGUCAUCAAAUCAAGGAGCGGAGGUCAGAGACCAGCAAGGCCAUGAACGAAGUCAAUGCUCUUUGCAGAAUCGGACUCACUGGCACUGCCGUCCAAAACAAGUACGACGAAUUCUGGACUUUGCUCAACUGGACCAAUCCUGGAAAGUUUGGAACCAUGGCUGAAUGGAAGCAGAGCGUCAGUGGUCCGCUCAAAGACGGGCAAUCACAUGAUACUACAUACGCACAGUUGGCCAGGUGCAGAAGAGUUGCCUUGAAGCUUGUGACAAAUCUAUUGCCUCCAUACUUCAAACGUCGAAUGAAGUCUUUGAUUGCUCACCAACUCCCAAAGAAGACCGAUCGCGUAGUCUUCUGUCCGCUGUCAGACGCUCAAUCAGAAGCUUACAUGAAUCUUGUUGACAGCGACAAGAUUGACUAUAUUCGACGUUCCUCCGAUCCUUGCGACUGCUCUUCUGGGAAGAAACGAGGUUGGUGUUGUUAUACGGAGAUCCCAGAUCGUGGCAAGUGGCAGCAUCAUGUCUUUCCCAUGCUCAUGACACUACAAAAGCUGUCAAACCAUCUUGCUCUUCUCUGUCCACAGAGCAAAGACUCGGAAGAGAUGCACCAAAAGGAGGUGGAAAAUCUUCAGCUUGCUCUACCCGACGAUUGGCUCGAGAUGUAUCACAACCGUGACCAGAUUACCAACUACGCCAAUGCAGAGUACUGUGGAAAGUGGAAGGUGCUCAGGAAGCUUCUCAAGUUCUGGCAUUCGAACGGCGACAAAGUACUUGUCUUCAGCCACUCGGUCAGACUUCUGAAAAUGCUGCAGAUGCUCUUCAAGUCGACUACAAGUUACAAUGUCUCAUAUCUUGAUGGGAGUAUGAAGUACGAAGAUCGCACACACGCCGUUGAUGAUUUCAACGCCAACGAGACCCAAUUUGUCUUCCUCAUCAGUACAAGAGCUGGCGGUGUGGGUCUCAACAUCACUUCUGCAAACAAGGUCGUGAUCUUCGAUCCAAACUGGAACCCAAGUUGGGAUCUUCAAGCUCAAGAUCGUGCUUAUCGAAUGGGUCAGAUCCGUGACGUCGAAGUAUUCCGUCUGAUAUCUGCCGGAACUAUGGAAGAGAUUGUCUAUGCCCGUCAAAUCUACAAGCAGCAGCAAGCCAAUAUCGCUUACAAUGCAUCUACCGAGCGUCGCUACUUCCGCGGUGUACAGGAUACAGCAGACAAGAAGGGCGAAAUCUUUGGUCUGUCGAACAUCUUCAGCUACGAAGGCGAAAUUCUCGUGCUUCGAGACAUCGUCAACAAGACCAAUAUUGCCGAGUCCAAAGCUGGCGUCAGUGUCAUUGGUCUGGAUACCUCACAAGACUCUGACGGUGAUGAUGACCCUAGCGAUCCCACCCAGGAUCGCGAUAACGAUGCAGCACUGUCACUUUUGGCUGCUCAAAUCACUGGCGAAGGAGGCAAGAAGAAACACGACGAGGAACAGGACACAGAAACCAAACGACAAGCCCGCGCCGUGCAAGCCAUCCUCAACAAGGCAGGCGUAGAGUAUACACACGACAACAACGACGUAAUCGGCUCCUCCAAGAUGGAAGCUCAACUCUCCAAACGCGCAAUGGCUACCGGCACAGAUUUUGACCUUUCCAACGAGUAUGCCUUUGAAAAGGCUCAAGAUGCGAGAAACCGCAGCUUCGGAGAGGACAGGAUCAAGUACAAAUAUCAACCUCCAGAGUUUGUGAGGAAGAGAUUGUUUUGCUCGAUGGCCGAGUAUUUUGGCUUUGAAGAUGCGACGGAGUUUGCGCUUGUGAUGGAGAGUUGGAGCGAGCAGAGGAAGACAGAUGCGCUGGAUAGGUUUUAUAGGCAUCGGAGAAGGGUUCUCGAGGGCGAGCCAAGUUCGGGAGAUGAAGAGGUUGGUGAGAAGUGA